AUGGGUCACGAUAUCUCAGAGCUCGUCCAGCAGCGGCGCUCUCGUGACUGGACCUUCUAUCUCGUCCUCUUCGCCGUCGUCGGUCCUGUCUGGCUCGUCGUUCCAGCUUGCUGGGGUUUCGUCAUGUACGCGACAGCUACCCGUGCCCUCUGGGACUUUGGAUGGCUGGGAAACUCCGCUUUCGCUGUUGCUCUGUUCGAGAUUUUCUUUAGCAUCUACUACAGCUAUCUUGCAUGGAGCUUGUCUGACCCGACGACAACGCCAAUACGUAGCGUAGAGGAACUGCAGAUCGCUUUGACACGAGUCAUCAAGGCGGGCCUCGCCAAUCUUUCUGAGGACGACUUUGACACAGAGUCUCUAGACGAGUCAAGACCAGGGAGUCCAGAAGAGGACAUCAUACAGCUCGACCGCGAUGAUCCUCGAGCGAUCGACUUUCGCAAUUCUUUCCGAACUUGGUUUGGUUUCGUUCCUUGGUCCCAAGUCCGAUUGCAUGAGGUUCGGCAGUGGCUUUAUUGGGCACUCUUUAAUGCUGAGCUACCUCCGUUGGAUACGCUCCCUGAAGAUCGUCGUGCUGCGUUAGAUGCAGUGGUCCAAAUGUUCCAGAAGCGUGUUGGUAGGCCGGUGCCCGAAGGUCGUUCUCCUCACAUCAAGACCGUGCGUCUGAGUGUGGAUAAAUUCAAUGCCUGCUGGCGCCCAUUUCUCACGUAUGUCCUGGUCUUUAUGCUAAAUUACAUGGCAAAAGCCCGUCUGCGCAACAAAUAUGGCGUUAAUUUCUCUUCCCACGGGGGCCUGGAAUAUGGCAUUCGCAUUCCGGAUACCUGGGACGCCGCCUCUGGACCUCGGCCAAUUGUGUUCUUCCAUGGGCUUGGGCUUGGAAUAUCUCAAUACAAACUUGCGCUAUCUCGUCUUCUCCAGCAUUUCAAAGACCGUCCCUUUCUCGUCAUACUACAGCCCCACGUCAGCCAGGAUAUUUUUCACCCCAACUUUUUAAAGCCCAUGACCAGGGAACAAACGACAGAGCGACUGGCUCGUCUUUUGGUUCACCUUGGUUGGGCUGACCUGGCAAAUCCGGAACCGACAGAAGAGAAGGUCAAAGGGACCCUUGGAAAGAAAGGUGUAACAAUGCUGAGUCAUUCAAAUGGGACAUAUUGCCAUGGUUGGAUGCUUAAGGACUAUCCUCACAUGAUUACCCGGUCGUGUUUUGUUGACCCCGUCGCAUUUUGUUGCUGGGAAGGAGACGUUUGCUACAACUUCCUCUAUCGGCCAUGUACCACGGGUAUCGACCUGAUCAUGCGUUAUUUUGUAGGUACGGAGAUUGGUAUCGCAAAUCUCCUCCAGCGGCAAUACGAUUGGUCUUCAAAUGCCCUUUGGUAUGAAGAGAUACCCAAUGCUCGCGAUUACAACAAAACCUUCUUUGUUUUGGGCGGAAACGAUAUCAUAGUGAAAGCUCAGCGCGUCACACAAUAUCUUACUUCGCACGGGAUAAGGAAGAAUCUAUACCUUGAUCCUAAAGGACACCACGGACAGCCUUUUUUAGUUAACGGUGAAAGCCACGACAAAAUCAUUAGUUGGCUUCGGCUGGCAUAA